AUGCGCCGUUAUACGGUCGUGGUUUUCUUGACCAUCUUGGUUCGUGCCAGCUGCUUCUUUGACUGGUUCGCAAGCAAUGCGCCUGUGGCACCAACCGCCCCGGUCGCGGAUCCGAAGGACUUUACGAAGGAUGGGACAGUCGCCGUGGUGCCGUUUGAAAUGAAAACGGCUGACGAAGAUUUCCUCCAGGAAGGAAAAAAGUACGGCCUUCAAAUGUCUACACUGGACGUGUGCCACCACAAGUCAUCCUGCUCACAGCUCAAUGAAGAAGACCUUGGAAAGCUCAGUGUGAGACUACUAAAUUGUCAGUCAGCUGUUGAAGGACCUACGUUUGCUUGCACAGAUGAAAUGACUUUACGGCAAUGCACUCAAGGAAUGGACCAACACACUUGGAACACCUACCACCUGAUCAGCAACCGAGCCAGAGCUGUGUGCUACAGCACCCGGCAGCAGCAGUUUUAUGCCAAGACUGAAAUGACGGUUAACAAGUUGGUUUGGACCACCGAUCAGCAGGUGAAGGCAAUGUCUCAGCUGGAGCAAGAGCAGCAGAAAGUGAGUGAAUUGACGAGUCAGACAUUGGAGACCAUGUCCUCUGGCCAGAAAGCCCUGAUGCAGCAGCAGGAGAAGCUGAAGAGCUCCCAGCAGAGUGUGCAGAACUUUGUGGCCGCAAACCUGAAGGAGCUGAUGCUUGAGAAAGCUCUCAUUGCUGCCGGACAGAGGGAGCUCGCUCAGAUGACAAACGUUAUUCGCAAGAAGCUUGACGCUGCUAGCACCAUGAUGCUGUCCAACGAGCAACAGCGGCAGGUGAACCAUCGAGAGCUGCUAAAAGACCUGAAGGCUGUCCAAGACUAUGCCAAGUUCUUGCAGGAAAGGCUAGAGCAAGCAACUCUAGAGGUUCUUGGUCGCCAGGAAACUGCUGCUGUGCGUUUUGAGGAGACUCUGAACAACCUUGGCAAGAUAAAUUCCAGCAUCGGUUACGUACAGGAAGUGAUCGACACAAUGCGAAAAGACAUCGACAGCAAGUUUGGUUGGCUGGUACAGCUACUGCACAGCACAGGUGGCCAACUCAGUGCAAUCUACUGCUGCGUACUGCACUGUUGUUACCUCCUGGUAGCCAUGUUCCUCGCAGCUUUCCUCCAUUUCCCAAUGCCAUCACGUUUGUUUCUGCUCUUCAUUGUGCCCACCAACGCAAUCGCCAGCAUUCGGGAGAGUUGCAGCCUCGGCUUUGGGCCUCUGACCAUCUUGUUGGCCAUCUUUCUUGCAGGGGACCUGGCGUGCCAUGCCAUUCGAGGAUUUUUUCAGCGCCGCUCGUCUCGGCAUCUUGCUCUUGAUGCACGACCUUACGAGGAUUGCUCGAGGGCUGCGAAUGGCUUUACCUUUUCCAGUACUGAAGCAGCAUAUACAGAGGAUGAUCCAAGGUACGAAUGUCGUGCUUCAGGUACAGCAACACCAUCGGACAACCUAUUGAGGAGAAGGUCGUUCAAGCAUGGCAGCGGAAUGUCGGCUACAGGGUCACGGAGCAGCACACCACUACUGGAAGAACGACGCGCGACGCCUCCUGUCAGCGAUGCCGAGCAUGACAGAGAUGCUAAUGUGUCGCACUGGCUAUUGAGAAAUGCAGAAGCCUGUGCCAUGCCAGACGUCGUGCCUGCCACCUCAACUCCUGUUGCCAGCCCCGAAAGGCCGUUGUUUCAGACAUCAAGGACUGAGAAUGGACACUUGACGAAGCAGAACCUUCUUUCCUGCUUCAAAAGCGGUUCUCGUGCCAGCUUUCGCGAUUCGCCAGACCGAAGCAUUGCUUCGAAUACGUCGCUGUUAUCCAGUGGGCUCUCGGCGCCGCUGCAGCGGAAUGAACAAAUCUGGCGCACCAUGCAAAGGCACUUGUGUCAAGGGACUGGAUUUCUGUCAUCACCACUGCUAGUCACGUCUGCACAAGCAUAAUGCAUGACAUUAAUGUUGGCCACAUCAACUUUUUUUUAGUGUUCAGUGUUUUUAGUGUUUUUUAGUGUCCUUUGUAGACUAUGGCAUUGGCCGUAAAAACUUUCAACGUAUGGGAGCACUAGUCAUUUGUUUUCUGUUCACAUUUCUUUUACAAAUGUUUCUUUUACAAUAGUACAUUUUCUUUUACAAUAGUACAACAGUACUAAUUGAUAAAUGUAAAAUUGACAAAUGUUUUUCACGACAAAGCCUGUGUGAAGUUUGGUGCUUUUUUUAACUUGUGACAAUGGUUUCUAACUAAUUAUCUAUAUAUGGUUUUGUUCAGAGUAAUUACUUGCACUCAAUGCAUUCCACAGAAAAAAGUUUACAUUUUGUGAUCUUGCUUCUUGACUAUUUUUUGUCCACUACUAGUGUACUUUUUGGACACGUACCACACCAUGAUGCAUGCAGUGCAAACAGAAUGUCGAGUGCACUUCAGUGCAGUGAUGCUCUCCUGUCUUCUGCUCCUCGGGGGUGCCACAGUUUCAAUAAUGCAGGUGGCAGCGUUCUUUGAUGUCACUGUUGUGAGACGUCUAAUGCAGUUCAGAAAUGCAACUUCAAAACAUGCUGUUCUUGCGCAUCGCUGCUUUGCAUUGAAGGUUGAGUCAAUGUGAUAAUCCCCACAUACCUUUGAACGAUGUUUGUGCAUUCCCUCAGCUGACGAAAACCUUAUUGCUUACACUUGAGGACUUUAGGGCAGCAUCACCCAAAGGCUUUACAAAUUCCUUCUGGUUUGUUGGCUGGCAUAAUUGUGUGAUUGUCAAUGCGUUACGAAAAUGCUGCUGCAUAUACCCUAACAGCUUAUGCCACCGCGAUGCUAUAAAAGUGUUCAGUUUUAUACUUGUAGCUUUGGUCAGACUGCACGUAACUUAGUUUCUAUCACCAUUCAGCCAUGACAUUCAUUUAGGCACCCUUAGAUGUCGUUUUACUUGUGCUUAAAGAGCAGUUAUGUCAUGAACUUGUUCUUUUCUGUCUUUUUUAUAUUUCUCUUUUUCAUUUUUCACUUUUUACUUGUGACAUUCUUGCGUAAUUUCAUCACCGUUUAUUUAAAGCUUGCUUUCAUUUGCUACGAGUGCUACUUUAGAGGGGCCUUGCAACACUUGUUCAGAAAGGGAAAGACGACAACCACCCCUUUGUAGCACGAAGCCACAAGAAAACCCAUACAUAUCUCUUGGAAGGAAAAGCUUCUUAGUUGCCGAAAAAUUCAUCCUGGUUCAUGGUUGGACUUUCCGGGGCGGUAGCCAGAAAUCGACAGCGCAGGGGUGAAUUUAUCGACAACUCAAAGCGCAUGGACACUAGUGUUGCAAAGAAGUUCUGCAGAAACCCGCAAUGCAGCGGAAGGGCGGGACCCGCUACCUUGCGGAUUUCCACAGAACCCAUUUGCAACACUUGUACUGGAUGGUCAAAAAAUGUAGCAAAUAUUUAGGCGAGGCUCGUGGAGACGUGCGAGCCAAACAAUAUAGCACAGCAUGUAGCCUGUAAUUUACAAUUAUUUCUUAGUCAUCCAGAUAUUGCUCGCUCAUCUCUCAACAGAUUACGUCGUAAACCUAAAUGACUGCACUAUUAACACAGUUCGUGGCUAUUGGUCAAUUUGAGAAUAGUGAGGCGCAUCUUUACCACGGCCUCCGUGGGAAGCCUCAUUGUGCCAGCACAUUCCAAAUAAAAAGUACUCGAGGUCAUGACGUGAUGGAAUGUAGCUACUUACCUCCUUUAUCAUCUCCUCCUCUUUGCGUAAACUCCAUUCGUGCUUGACAGAUUUAAAGAAAAGUUUGCAGCAGUUGAUUCGUGAGUCCAUAGACUUCUUUAACAAAGUCACUUGAUAAUUGACUGAAAAGAUGUUGCUGGACCCCUUUAAGUUUGCUUCUAACGGGCAACCAUUUAUUGUACGUAUUACCUGUACUGUGAUCAUCUGGUGCAACUGGUCACUUUUGUACCAUUGAUUGACCUAAUAAAUAGUUCAAUACGUGUUCAUUCAC